GAGAUCAUCAGUGGUCAAAAAGUCUAUCUUGGUAAUGGAGGAGAAAGGUAGAAUCUUCUCACUAAUGCAUGGAAAAAUUGGAUGGAAGGGACUGCUUUGAAUUUUAUUGAUCCCAUCUUGAGGGAUGGUUCGAGGAGUGAAAUGUUGAGAUGCAUGCAACUAGACUCACUAUGUGUUCAAGAAAAUGUUGCUAGAAGGCCAACCAUGGCUUCUGUUGUUCUCAUGCUUAGUAGCAGCCCUGUAUCUCUUCAAGUGCCUUCGAAACUAGCAUUUCUUAUGGAUUCUAUCAUUGAGCAAGAGUACUCAUCAUUUGCAUCUGCAUCUGCUCAAUCCAAAAGAAGAUCCACUGAUUUCACAUUAAAUGAGUUUGACUGUUUUGCAGAAUUCUUCUAUGAGGAGGUAGGUUCAUCAUCAUCACUUGAUCUUAGGGGAAACUUCACCAGUAACAGCACCUACCAGGCAAGCCUCAAUCAUAUCUUCUCUUCCUUCACCUCUGACAUAGAAAAUGAUUAUGGGUUCUACAAUGUUACUUUUGGCCAAAACUCAGACCAAGUUAACGCAAUUGCUCUCUGUAGGGGCGAUGUAAUACCUGGUGAUUGCAUUAACUGCAUCAACGAUGCUGCCGCCGAGCUCAGAAGUCUCUGUCCCAACCAGAAGGCGGCAAUUCUAUCGUAUGCCAAUUGCAUGUUGCGAUACUCAGAUCGUUCUAUCUUUGGCAUCUUGGAAAGAAGCUCCUUUAAGUUUCACUACUCAUGGAAUGGAUACAAGGCAAAGAAUAUUACUGCUUUCAAUGAUACCCUUAAUAAUCAGUUGGAUACCCUCAUAAGCAGAGCCGCAUCGGGUGAUUCUCAUCGCAAGUUUGCAACUGGGACUGCAGCAGUUCCAGAUUCAGAGCCGAUUCACGCACUUGUGCAGUGUACCCCUGAUUUGUCCCAGCAGCAGUGUACCUCUUGCUUGUCUUUUGGCAAAAUUAAAGUUUGUUGUGAUGGAGAGCUAGGAGGCAGAGCAGUUGGACCUAACUGUAAUUUGAGGUUUGAAACGUAUUCUUUCUAUGAUCCUACUCCUGAUGGUCCGUCAAUAUCACCAGCACCAUUGCCGCGGCCGGCGCCACCACAGUCUCCUUCGCCCUCAGAUGAUGCCCACAAAGUUGUACCAGGUACUGUAUCUCUGCUUCUUGUUGGCUCUGAGUCAACACCAGAAUUCUGAAACAUGUUGGCACUAACGAAAGGACUGCCUGGAUUUUGCAGGAAAAGAGGGGAAUUCAUCCCGGAUUAUCAUUAUUAUAGUCAUUUCUGUUGUUGCAUUUCUCAUACUUAACAUCUGUGGCUGCACCUGCAUCAUUUUCCGGAUGAAGAAGUCAAAGAAGAGAAGGAACCUGAAAGAGGAAAUUGAACGUAACUUUUGUUCUUGGUGAAUACAUUGUUGUCUCGUUGUAGCCUAGGCUAAGAAAGUUUAAGCAAAAGG